AUGGAACCCAUGCCAACUACCUCUCUUGCGCAACCCUUGCCAAUCCCACUUGCGCACCCUUUACUAGGCAGCACCUUGCCUCUCGACCAAUUGUAUCUGGGAUCAUACAUCGGCUCUGGAGGAUUCAGUGUCGUAUUUCGCGGAGUACAAGUCCACACAGGACAGGAGUACGCAGUCAAAGCGAUACCCUUCGCUCCAACUGGAACACCUCUCAACGCCCAGCAAAAGGCCGAGGCGUGCCUGCACUCGCGAGCAAGUGAACAUCCGAACGUUGUCAGGCUGCACAAGUAUUUCCUCCAUCAACAUGCCGGCGCAGAGUACCUGAUCCUUGUCAUGGAUCUCGUCCACGGAGGAGAUCUUCAUGCAAUGAUUUCCGCGGGGCGACUGGCUCAUAGACCUCAACACCUGCGACAUCUCUUCGGCCAGAUUUUGGAUGCAGUUACUCACUGCCAUGAAAAGGGCAUCUACCAUCGUGAUCUGUCAGCAGAGAAUUUCUUAUGCACACAGGAUCUCGCGAAGAUCUACCUCACCGACUUCGGGAUGGCGGCAGUGGAGCCUUAUUACCAACAUGUCGGACUAGGCAGCAUGGCCUACAUGAGUCCCGAAAUUCACCGCUCUGCUGAUCCUACGGCAUCGAUACACGCACCUUCGACCGAUGUAUGGGCUCUCGGCGUUCUUCUCGUCAUGCUCCUCACAGGGUCCGCGCCAUGGCGAUGUGCAACGAUAGGCGAUCCAGACUUUACUCUCUUUGCGACGGACCCGUCUGCGCUAUUCGUCCGUCACCGAAUGCCGUUACCCGUCGAAAUGUUGAUUCGGCGCGCUCUGGCUUGCAACCCAGGGGAGCGAAUAUCUCUCAGCGAGUUUCGGGCUGCGUUCUUCCUUCUCGACAACGAAGACCUGAUGCUACCCCGAGGGCCGAGCGAGGUUCCCUUGGCUCCUGCCAUACGUUUGUGGCGUGCAUCACCUGGACUGAUAUCAGACUCUGGCUCUGCGGACAGCUCCGAAUCUGCCACCAUCGACACGCCUAGUGGGUAUUCGUCACAGAACUCCUCGGUCAUGCUUUACAAGCUCUCGGAUUUCUGA